UGGAUCUAGUUGGACCCGCGGAGUCUCUCUGAUAUCUGGCUUGGGGCGAUUCUUGACCCGUGGACAAGACGAUGGGCGUGAAACUCCUGUUGGAGCCCGCUGAGCGGGAAGCCUUGAAGAGCCAAGUCGAGAAAUGGCUCAAAAUGAGCAUGCAAACUGGACAGUUCUGGUAUUUGGUGGAUGCUCGGUGGUACAAGGCCAUGUUGCAAUAUCUCAAGGUGGAAACGCGCAAAGCGGAUUCCCUCGAGUCGGAUGCGGAUGUGCCCGAAGACGAGGCUGACCCGCCGGGACCCAUGGACAAUUCGGCUAUCUUGAUCGAUCCUACGCAAGGCGAACUCCGACCUCAAUUGAUGGAGAAUUUCGACUACAAUCUCGUGCCCGAAGACAUGUUUGAGGCGUUGAAAUCCACUUUUGGGUUGGUGAUGGGUCAAACCGGCAUCCGCAAGGCUGUCAUUGAACACGGCAUGUUUGUCAAACAUUGCAAGGUUGAAGUGUACCCGUUCGAUCUGCAUUUGGCCGAUUUGGACGAUGAGGAGAACGUGAAGAAGAUUAACUUCAGUAAAGCGGACACUCUGAAGCAAGUUGAGGAGGUGGCCCGCAAGACCUUCGAAAUCGACGAGAACGUGCCAAUCCGAUUAUGGAGCAAGUACCACCGUGGAUCCUACGAUUUGCUGCAGACGCCCGACAUCUCGCUCCACGCUUUAGGCAUCUAUUCGAAUCAGUUGGUCAUCGUCGAGCGGCAAAAUGCCGAUAAGACUUGGCCGCGAGGGGAGGUCUCCACUGACAAAGAUAACGAUCUGGUCACGCCGGCAUCAUUGGCCUCGCCUUCCGUAUCCGGAGCCAAGGACAAGGCCAAAGAUACAUCCACCGUCUCGACCGUACCCACACCCCCGCUCGCUCCCGUCAGCACUCGCUAUCGUAUGGGUACGAGCGACGAUAAUGCGAGCGAUCGGGCUAAACCUGGUCUCUGCGGCCUGUCGAAUCUGGGAAACACCUGCUUUAUGAACUCCAUCAUACAGGGUCUCUCCAAUUGUCCACCCGUCACGGAAUAUUUCGCCAAUGAUAACUACAUCGAGGACAUUAACGAGGAAAACCCCCUGGGCAUGAAGGGAGAGGUAGCUAAUUCUUUCGGGGAGCUCAUCAAGCACAUGUGGUCGGGUCGAUAUUCCUACAUUGUUCCCAGAAACUUCAAAAUGGUAGUAGGACGGUUUGCCCCUCAAUUCUCGGGUUACCAGCAACAAGACUCGCAAGAGCUCUUAAUAUUUCUCCUCGACGGACUCCACGAGGAUUUGAACCGAAUCAAAAGAAAGCCCUACAUUGAACUAAAAGACCGUGACAAUCGGACUGACGAGGAAGUGGCUGCUGAAGCGUGGGAAACACACAAGAAGAGGAACGAUUCCGUUCUUUCAGACUUGCUCCAUGGGUUACUGAAAUCGACCGUGGUUUGCCCGCAGUGUCCUGAAGUGUCUGUCAAGUUUGAUCCAUAUUGCUUCCUCUCACUUCCCUUACCCGUGAAAAAAGAGCGUAAAAUUGAUGUGUUUUUGGUCUACUUGGAUCCCUUGAAAUGCCCCAAGCAGUUCAAGGUGACUGUCCCCAAGAACGGGUGCAUGAAAGACCUGUGUGCAGUGUUGGCUCAGAUGUCGGACGUGAAUCAACAUCAGAUGGUCGUCACAGAUGUGUAUAACCACAGGUUUCAUAAAAUUUAUUGGGCUGACGAAGCUCUGUCCCACAUUUUGGACCGGGACGACAUCUUUGUGUACGAGGUUCCCACUCAACCCUCUGCCACCACCACUGAUCCCGACACCGUGAUACUCCCCGUUUAUCUUCGGGAGCGAAAAUCCUCUACCACAUACUCUCCGUCCAACUUAUUUGGUCAGCCGCUCCUAGUGGGUGUCCCUAGGGAGAACUGUAAUUACGAGCAGCUCUAUGAGAUUGUCCUGGAUCAGAUGGCUCGAUAUGUGACCAAACCUCCCGUCAAUAACCCAGACGGUUCUCUCAAUGUGUGGUGGAAACCCAAGCCUAAAGAAGAUGUGGAUCAGAACGGUGUUUCUUCCAAUGGGACAGCAUCCAAUGGGAUUCCUAACGGAGAGAGUGAAGAGACCACCCCUUCUUCCGAAGGAGAAUCUUCCAUUCUGCCUUCGAAUGCCGAGGUCUCGGAUGCCCAAGGAGAUGACGAGGAAAGCAUGGAAGACGAAGAUGACAACAAGGGUCCUCCAAAGAUGUUUGUGAUGAAUGUGGUCAACUCAUACGGCAAUGCCACCCUCGACUCUUUGGAAAAUGACGGAAAGCCUUUGAGUUUGACAAGUAAGACUUAUUUGUCCCUGGAUUGGAACAAGUACGCCAAAGAAAUGUUUUACAAUGAAAAAGCAUCUGAGGAGUUCAACCAAGACGAUUCUUUUGACGCCAAACCCACUCAAAAGAAGCAACACGUCAAACUUGAGGAGUGUCUGGAAUUGUACACCUCCGUAGAGAAGUUGGGAGCAAACGAUGCUUGGUAUUGUCCAAGUUGCAAGGCCCAUCAACAAGCUACCAAGAAGUUUGAUCUGUGGUCUUUGCCUGGGUUGCUUGUGAUAUCUUUGAAACGCUUCAGCUACAACCGGUAUUGGAGGGAUAAAUUGGACACCUUUGUCGAGUUUCCCACCAAAGGUCUCGAAAUGUCUAAAUACGUCAUCAACAAGAACCACGGGAAAGCCAUUUACGACUUGUUGGCUGUGUCCAAUCACUACGGGGGAAUGGGAGGUGGUCAUUACACCGCAUAUGCCAAGAACAAAGACGACGGGCAAUGGUACUAUUUUGAUGAUUGCAAUGUCAUACCUUCUUCAGAGGAGGCCGUUGUGACAAAGGCUGCAUAUGUGCUGUUUUAUCAACGGCGAGAUCUAAGCAAUUUGAGUCGUUCCACCCCAAUAGUGAGUAGUAGUCCGAUGUCGAACGGAAACGGAUACAUGGCCAAUGGGGAAGCCUCGUCAGUGGAGGACAUGGAAAUCAACUGAUAUCCCAUCUCUCACUCAGCGACACCUUUUCAUAAUGUUUUUAUGUCCACUCAAUAGAAGGUGACUGACUAACGGUCGGUCACGUGUCACA